AGAUGUCGCAGCGCAGCUUAAAGGAGCAAGAGUGGCAUCCAGGUGAAAGAGCAGGAGGUGAAAGAGCAGGAGGAGAAGAAGCAGGCGACUCCAGAAAUACUCCACCUGUAUUGCACACAGACCUACAGACAUCGCUUUGCAGACCAGAGGACAAAGUGACACUGAUGGAAGCUCCUGCUCAGUCCUCGAUGGAAGAUGAACAAGAGAGCAAAAUUUCCUCUGGCACAGUAAAACCUCCGAUGAAAACCGUGAGGUCUUCUGUGAUGAAUGGUGAGGCUGAUGCUGCAGAUGACAAGAAGAAAGAUGGCCAACAAUCAUCAAAGUACAAAACAGUGUCCUACAGAAAGAUCCCCAGAGGAAACACCAGGCAGAGGAUUGAUGAGUUUGAGUCCAUGUUUAACUCGUGAAUGAGCGUUAAACAUAAUAUAUAGUAACAUAUGCUGAUAUAUAAUAUAUGUAGAGGAUUUGCUUUGAUUAAUCAAGUAGUUUUUUCUGAUUCAGCUUUUGCAAAUUAUGACCCCUAUUAGUAAUGUUUUGAGAAAACCAGAAGACCCAGAGCAGAGCUUUGAGGUACUUUUUUUUCUAAAAUAUGUACAUGAUUUUAUAUGACUGUAUUUGUACCUGUUGCUUGUUUGGGAUGCUUGGGUGGCAGUUUUUCUUUUUUGUUUCAUCUUCAUAGGCAGUCCAUCCCCUCCCCAAUUCCCUAACCUGACUUCCCUAACCCUAUCCCAAAAACUCAGCUCAUUAAAACUCAGAUCUAUAGUUGGCAUCUGAGCAAAUAAAACCUUAAGGGAACUUCUGUCUAAUUGGUGCCAUUGCUCCACUUGACAGUUAAGGAUCCCAAAACUGAAAGACUGCUCUUGAUCCUUUGUUGGUCCCAGACUUAAAACAAAUGAAAUUUCACACUGAAUUGAGUUCACCCAGUUUUUUAGAAAUACAGUAUGUCGUGCAAACUCCUGAAGUUUAAUUCAUUUAAUAUUUUAACAUUUUAGAGGAUUCUAGAUUCUUCUUCGGGAACAAUUAUCAAGUUAAAGGAAUAUGUUUUUUCUCUUUUUCUUUUUCAAUUGUUUAGUUUUAUCCUGAAUAGGUGGCAGAAUUUUGAGUAUUAAAAAAGAAAGUCUGAAGAUAUAAAGUAAAUGUGUGUAACACAACUAUAUAAAUGAUUUCUUUCUUAGCCAGUCUUUGACUGACUUAACCCCUCAGUGAUAUCUACUCAGGCCUUGAUCUCUGCUUGUACAUACAGAAAAAUAAUAACUGACAGAAUAAAAGGAUAUGAUUUUUUUUUUAACGUUAGUUAAACCUACCAGACACUUAGAACUGUAUAUGCAUAAGGUCUUUAAAAAAAAACUCUCCUAUUGACAAACUGUUUUAAUGUAAAUUUCACGGUAUGUUUAUCACAAUUGUAUGAUAUCUAUUCUUUAAUUUAAUGUAUUCAAGCAAAACCAUCAAACAAAAUAUAUGUUCUUGCAUUUUGUAAUUUUUGUUGACAUGAACUACUUUUACCUAAAACAAUAUAUAUGUCUGCAGUGGUACAAACACCAGAGGAUUAUCUCUUUUUGAGGUUUUUGUUGAAUAUUUUGACAAUAAAAUGAACCUAUUGCUGAAGCUUUGUGGUAUUUCUGUGCCUUUUGUGUUCCUUUUCACAACUUUACGUUUUUGUUUUGUUUUGUUUUUUUACUUUAUUUUGUUUGUUUGUUUGUGUUACAAACCCACAAUAUUAAACUUGUUAGUCAUCUCUAGGACAUCAAAUCAUUUGUAUUGUCUUCUAAACAUUAUAGGAACACAGAUUUAUAUACAAUACAGCAUUGUUUGCAUAAUAAUAAUAAAUAUUGUUGUUAUUGCUCUUAUUAUUAUAUAAACAUACAUGAAUUGUCCAAUAUUAGUUUAUUUGUGAGGCAAAAAUUGCAAGAUUACCUAAAAUUUGAGGGAGCUUGUUUCUUACAUUGAAAAACAAAAACAAAAAACACUAACAAAGAAAAGAAAACAUUAUUGUUAUUAUUUAGCUAUAGAUAUAUACAUAUGUAAAUGAAUUUUUUUUUUUCCACCACACCUAAGUUAAAAUUCAGGGUUUGUAUGUUGAAAUACAGAGAUAUUCAAUAAUCCGGACAACCUGAAAUUUUGACCGCCUGGCGCUUUUACUUUUUUUUAUGGUGGCAGAGACAAACUUCCACAGCUUUAUAUAUAGAGGUCAUUUGAGGUUGGUAAACACAGUAAGGACUACUAUUCCCACAAUCCCCUGCGUCUUUCGGUGACGUCACAUAGAGCCCGGACCCGGCGUAGUAGCGCUGUGUGUGUUUGGCAACAACAAAAAGAGUGUUUUGAGAUUAGUUUAACUGCAUUUUCACCCGCGGUAUUUUAAGGGACAUUAUCACAGAUGGUGGCGAUGACUCCGCCGCUACUGCUGUCCGUUGGAGGAAGAGGAAGAGGAAGGAGGUGAUGAUGAUGAUGAUGAUGACAUGCAGUUAGCUAGCUGGCUGCCUCUCUGGCUGGACGGACGGACUAGAGCCUGCAGAGUGUUGGAGGUGUCACCGCGAAAACAGCGCAGGAUCCGUGCUGAAGAGAGGCGAAGAUGCCGCGGAGAAAACAGUCCAACCCGCAGCCGGUGAAACUGGACUCUGAGGAUGGGGCAGUGGUGUGUGAGCCAGGCUGCCUUGUUUUGGACAGCGACUUCCUGCUGAGCGGCGAGCUGGAGUUUGGAGACUCGGAGAUCAUGGGGCUGGAUAGAGAGUCUGGUAUGACUGUCUUCUCUCUAAGUGUGGAGGAUGACUCGUCAGCACCGACAGACUCCACCUUCCCAGCGUUCCUCUCCUGUAAGGGAUGUGGUCAGCUUCUGGGAGACACACCUUUGGGGGCAGGCUUAGAUCUCGGUGUAGGACUCGACCUAGGGGCAGAGCUUUAUUGUCUCUCCUGUGAGGAGGGCCUCCAGCAUGGCGCCUCCAUCGACUCCUCUCAGUUGGAGGGUUCCAACCUGUCCGAUAGAUCCCUUGGCGGCAGCUCCGAAAGGAAGAGGAGAAACGUAGACAAAGCCAGCUGCGUUGCGGACCCCGCCCCUAAACUUUACUCCUGUUCGCUGUGCACCUUUACCUCGCGCUACUCUAACCAUCUCAAACGCCACAUGCGGAUCCAUGACGGCCAGAAGCCAUACCACUGCCCCGUCUGCCCCUACGCCUCAGCCCAGCUCGUCAACCUGCAGCGCCACGCCCGCACACACACCGGGGAGAAACCGUACGGCUGCCACCAGUGCAGCUAUGCCUGCAGCUCCCUCGGCAACCUGCGCAGACACCAGCGCAUGCACACACAGGAGAGACCGCAGAGGAGGGAGAAGGAGAAAAGACGGGGAAGACGGAAAAAGGCAAGCGGCAAUGCUGAAGAAGUCAUGUCAGACCUGACCCUGCGAGUUUCCCAGGACUCUGCUUACCUCCAGACGUUGGGAGGACUCGGCUCCCCCUCUGGCCCCCUUCCAGUCCUCCUCUUCCCGCUCUGCUGCCGGGUGUGCGGCCUCACUCUGGAGGAGUCCGACCUAGAGGGCGACAAGGCAGAGGGAGAGGUGGAGGGCGAUGGAGGACAGGUUUGCCGCCGUUGCUCCAAAGACACCUCGAGGGCUCCCUGCAGCCCGGACGUGUCUCGGGGAUCCCGGCGCGGUCAGCGCGGCAACAAGCUGUACCGCUGCCCUCACUGCCCCUUCCUGUCCCACUACCCCAACCAUCUGGCCCGCCACUCCCACGUCCACUCGGAGGAGAAGCCUCACCGCUGCCCGCACUGCCCCUACACCUCCUCACAUCUUGACAACCUCAAGCGGCACCUGCGUGUGCACACAGGCGAGAAGCCUUACCAGUGCCCGUCGUGCAGCUACGCCUGCGGGAACCUGGCUAACCUGCGACGUCACGAACGCAUCCACUCGGGCGCCAAGCCGUUCCACUGUGCCAUCUGCGGCUACUCCUGCAACCAGAGCAUGAACCUGAAGAGGCACAUGCUGCGGCACACGGGCGAGAAGCCGUAUGCAUGCGGCGAGUGCGGCUACACCACGGGCCACUGGGACAACUACAAACGCCACCAGAGGAAGCAUGGGCACAACACGGACAGCUGGGACAAACACGCGCCCAUCAACGGCCUCGGCUGGGGCCAAGACACUCAGGAGAGCCAGAGUCAGGGACAGGAGCACUCUUAGAUACUGUGUGUGCGUGCGUGCGUGUGUGUGUGAGAGAGGCAAAAAAUGACUGCAGCGGUUAGUCGAUCGACAAAAAACCCAGUAUCAUUAUUAUAAUAAGUUCAGGGUUUCAGAGUCCACCUUCUCCAGUGUGAGCUGCUGAUUGUUUAUAAAGUCAGAUUUUAAAAAUAUUUAGCCUCUUUUAAAGACACAUGCUUUAUGAAAAAGGUGGGCGUGGCCACGGUGACAUCAUUUUUGUGAUGCUUAAAGCUGAGCAGUUUGACUUAAUUUUGAAACCAGUUAAGUCACCCUCUGCAAGCUACUAGAAAUAUUGCAGUUUAAGGCACUUCCACUUUGGCUUUGCUUUGCUGAUCCGGAGGUUAUGUCCACGCAGUCUGUGGCUGGAUGAAACAAGGUGAAAGUAAAUAAUCGUCUUGAUGGAGCGCAGUCCUGGCGUUUCUGUGGAUGACAGGAUUACUCUGUGUGCCCUGCAGGCCCUCUGAGUAAUCAAAGAGAUCGAGAUGAUAAACACAAAGAUACUCUAAAGAACCACAGAGAGAUGCAAAACCAUUAUUAAAAAGCACAAAAUGAGCAUGAAAAGAUGCAAAAUAACUGUAGAGAGAACUCCAAAGAGAUACAGAAACAUCAGUGUGAUCUAUGUCUUUUUGUGACACCAAUAUGAAUAUGAACAUGACAAACUUUCUCAGGGAUCACCCACCCUAAACAUGUUCCCUCCAUGCUUACAGUCAGGGUCAGCAUCAUCACAUUUUUGCUCUUUAGUUAUUUACAGCUGCAAAUUAAAACCACACCGAUGCUGUGUCACCUGCAGACCGUCAGAAAGGCAGCAGGUUCUCACACAUCCAUUUGCUGACUGCUGUUUACUAAGGUGAAAACUCACUUCGUGUGUAGCAAGUUUGCAAUUUCUUGAGGUUUAAAAAAUUGCCAGCUAUUUUUAAAAACUUUGUUUUGUUUUGUUGCUCAACUAAUCGCUGCAUCAUUAAUCAGGACAAACACCGGCAGUGAAACUGGAACAAAGCAACACUUUAAAAGUGAUUGUAACCCACAAGCUACACAAUAUUUAACUCCUGCAGGGCUUUUUUUCCCCACCACACUGGCGCAACUGUAGGAAGACCCAGCUUUGUGACAUGUGUUUGUGAGGACAGUAAAGCCUUUUCUCUUCAGGUAAAAGCCAGUAAAACACCUUCAUUAGUGUUUUUCCUUUUUUUUUUUUUUAAUCAACAUGAGCUCAUUGUCUGUAGCAGCCAUUAAUGGUGGCUGUUCCACAGAUUUCCUCUCUACAUCAAAGACGUCGAGAGACUCCAGGAACUCGUUUUCACACAUCUUGAAUGUAUUUGUCAGAAGCUCCUUCAAAGAAAGCAAACAGUCUUACACCUGGGCCAGUGUGUUAUCACAUCUAUUUAACAGAGCAAGGGAAAUAACUGUGUGUGUGUGUGUGUGUGUGUGUGUUUGUUUUUGUGUUAUGUAUACACUGGUGAGCUCGGGUUGGAGCUAAACUCAGGUGCCUUUAACAGACUGAACGACUGUAAUGCUGCACUGACUUUAUAAAGGGGCAUUUGUGCGUCUGUGUGUGUGUGUGUGUGUGUGUUAUACACAUGUAUACAGACUUUUUAAUGAAUGCAGUGAGAGGACGCAGGUCUUAUUUCCAUGAACUGAAAGGUUUCGGGGGGGUUUUCUCCACAGAUUAUCUUUUUUUUUUUUUUUUUUUUUUUCAGAGAGGGCGGAGCAACAUCUCACAAGCUUUAAGUGGGCCUAAUGAAGGGGUUGGGAGGGGGAGUGUAAGGAGACGAGUGUAUGUAUCCUGGACUUUUUUUUUUUCUUUCCGUGUGUGUGUUUGGUUCGCGUCGUUGCUCAGAUUUGGUUUUUCAGAUCUGUGCUGUCAUCUCCCAACACGUCUCCCUCGUUACUCAGACAUGUGUAUCCAUCCCACCCACCUCCACCCGUCCUCCCACCAAUACAUUGGACCUGAAGAAAAGGUGAUCGUGAGGCUCCUGAGCUUGUGAUGUUAAAGAAACAGGGCUUAUAUGUUUGGGUGAAGGGUUUGGAAAUGUACUCUGAGUGGCUACCUCGUGCUGUAUCAGAAAGCAUUAAUUAAAACAAAAAAUUAAAAAUGUGUCAGUAA